UGGGACAGAGGAGAGGCGGAGGAAGGAGGUGAGAGGGAGACAGAGGGAGGAGAGAGUAACACUCAGACAAUCCCCUGCGUGUUAGAGGGAGGUAGAAACAAGAGGAGCUGGCCGGGAAACAAUAGUAGAACAAAUCCAGUGUUGCGUGCAAGAUCUCUGCCUCUCAGCUGACUGCGACUGAAGACCGAGAUGGACUGAGACGGCGAGGGAUGGAGUGGCCCGACUCUCCUGCCACUUGCCUUCCCUACGUCGCCCUGACCUUCAAUCUUCAUUCCUCCAGCAGGAACAAAGACAGAGUCUGUCCUGUGUGAGACUCCUCUGAGUCCCGUCAUAAAGCGUCAGAAGGGCUGUAGUCAAGAACCGUGACACAUUGGCCACCGCCUGCAGUGCCAGGAGCCUCCGGGUGUCCCAGUCAUGAAACCGUCCAUCUCCACCGGCCCUCCUUCUGGACUCCUGCUGGUCCUGAUGUGUUGUCCUCUGCUGGGCUUCGUCCAAUCCGCCAGCAGCAGCAACAAGGCUGGCGAUAAGGGACACCAGCAGCUGGUCGACACCGACCCAGAUCGCUGCAUGAGGCAUCACUUUGUGGAGACCAUCACGCAUCCCAUUUACAAAUGCAACUCUAAGAUGGUGUUGCUGGCGCGCUGUGAGGGCCACUGCAGCCACACCACCCGCUCAGACCCGCUCAUCUCCUUCAGCUCCGUGCUCAAGCAGCCCUUCAAGAGCUUCUGCUCCUGCUGCCGACCACACACCUCCAAGCUGAAGGCGGUGAGGCUGCGCUGCGCCGGUGGGACUCGCAUUACGGCCACCUACAGAUACAUCCUAGCCUGCAACUGUGAGGAGUGCAGCUGAGUAGGCGGCAGUUCCCUGCAAGAUCCCAACCCCCCCAAAGGCUCUUGUUUUUCUUGGCCUCGGACCUCGUUCUGAAACUGUUCGGAUUGCUCCGUUGAUUUUUGGAUAUAGAGUUAUGCUCCAAAAAUGCUGGACGCUAACAGUUUGGAGGAAUCAAAUCUGCCCUCCUCCCCCCUUCACGUGCUCCAAAUAAUUGACCCGCAGCUCUGGGACACAUGUACAACACUCCAUACCUUCUGCAUUAUAAGUGCUUUCAAUCAUGAUGAGCCAUGCAAAGCAUAUUUCUUCGGCUCACAAGGCCAAACACCGCAAACUGCUGAUCCCGGGGGCCAGGUUGAGACCUUUCCCCGCCCGAGAGACACACUCCACUCAUUACAGGCCUCAGUAAUCCGUCUCACACACACACACACGCUCUCAAACCGCAGUGUGGCGCUUCGAAGUAUCUGUGACAGCUAAGCGAACCCCUCCCACACGUUUGACAACAAGACAACACGCCUCGUUAAAACGCAGGACCAGGCCUCCCCAGACGCACGGUGGAACUUUCCAGGAACAUCUGCACUGUUACUCAACCAAUAACAUUUUACACACUUCCUGCAGACCUUCAUGUAGCUGUGUGAAACUUCACUGUCGCUUACAGGAGAGCUCAUCAUGUGAACCAUCUAUGAGAAAAAGAGGGCAAAGGGAGCCCUGAAGGUCUACACCCACCUGUGUGUGUUGGUUUGGACUCUCCCUAGACUGUCACUUAUGCUAGUGUUCAUAAUCUCUAUCCGAGUCUUUGUGAUGUUCGUGUCAGCAUUGUUGUAACCGCAGCCUCCGUCAUGCCAGGUUGAUAGAGUGCCUUGCAAAAGAAUUUAUUCCCCUUGAACUUUUUUUUCACAUUUUGAAAUUGAGAUUUUAUGCGAUAGAAUUAAGAAGGCAGAUGCGACUCAAAUCGACUUCUUCUUCUUGCUGGUGGUGGUCAGAGGGCUGAUGGAACUGGUGUGUGUACAAUCCAGCAGCCACAGGAGUGUAAAGCACUGUACAAGUCUGAUGUUAUUUGAUUUCGUUGCCCCUAACAGCAGACAUACGGAAGACUGUAGAUGUUAGCUUCAGGUCUAGUGGUAAGAUGGUUUCCAUUUCACCCAGACUUAGGUAUAUUUGGUCUUUGAACUAUUAAUAAGGCAGUUAGAAGCAUUUUUAGAAAAGUCCUACAAACCAUCAGAAGUGGUGCAGCACACAUCGCCUCCUGACUCUAGAACACCUUUGGGGCCAAUUAGAGCAGAGGCUGUGAGCCACAGGCCUUUUUAUCCGACGUCAGUGUCUUACCGCUUCGAUGUUGUUAUGGAAGAAUGGUCGAAAAUUCCCAUCAACACAGCCCUGCACCUUGAGGAAAACCGUCCUGGAGGAGCUGAAGCUGAAAUUACUUCGAUGGCUGCUUUGCAGCUCGAGUUCGCCUGCAGAGGAGCAGAAACUUCUGGAAGUAUAUCGCAGCUGAAGCUCAGUCAGAUUGGAAAGAGGGCAUCUUUAAGUCUUGCCACAUAUUAUCUAUUGAAUGUAGGCCUGGACUUUGACUGGGCCAGUUAAACAAAUGAAUGUGCUGCGACCUGAACUGUCCCGUUGUAGUUCUGACUGGAUGUUUUCGGUUGUCAUCGUGGAAGGUGAGCGUUCUGCGAGGUUCUGACGCAGCAGCUAGAGUUUUAUAAAAGAAAAAAAUAAUACUUACGCAGCAUUUUCUUCCAUUUCAUAUUUAUGCACUAUUUUGUGUUGUUCUAUCACGUAAAAUCCCAAUAAAACAUAUUCAAGUUUGUGAUUAUAGUGUGACAAAAUGUGAAAGUGGUAUGAAUACAUGUACAAGGCACUGUACAAUUGCUGCUAUUGCCUGUUGUUUAUUGUUACUCCUUCCAUGUUGAAUCAGCGCUACGGUCGCUCUGCAAAUGUUCGUGUUGCUGCCGAGUAUUGUCGCCGACGACGACGAAUACAAAACUUCAAACUCUUACACAUCUCCUUCUGUCUGUGUGAGACUCGUUCAGCCUUCAGUCUCUGGUCAGUGUAUCUAAGUGUAAAAAUAUGUCAGUGUUCAAAUUGUGGUUUUUGUAUAAUUAAAACUCUGCAACCACAGUGUGUUCAGUGCUUACAUGCAUCAAGCUGUUUGGUUGACUUUACUUUUUUGCCCAUUGGAGUUCACAUUUUCAGUCUGAAACAGGAUUUAAUGUAUUUUGUUCUCAAAACUUUCAACACUUUUUCUUACAUUUUCAUUUUGAGAGCAGGACUUCAUGUCUUUCUUCUCAAAAUUUGGAAUGAUUGACCUCAAAACUUCUUGCGAUCAGACUUAGUCUCUGCUCUACUAUCGAUUGUGGACACCUGCAUCACCCACUGAAUGUAGGGAGAAACAACGACGUCAGCUUUCUCCUCCGUAGUACACUAAACAUCCGCUGGAUAUCAAUAUGUAGCAGAGGGUCUUUACUCUCCAGUAAAUAGAGGAUUAGCCAAGGUAUUGGUGGGAUUCUGGAACAGCAGAUUGUCAGCCUGGUAAUAAAGAAAGUUUAACAGUAGUUGCAUUUCUUUUUGGUUUGUGUUUCAGUCUUGUGAAAGCAGCACAUACUAUGGAUGAGAACUAAACUAGAUUGAAAGAAUGCAAUCCUGGGCAGGUCAUUGUUUCUUAUUCUGGCCUAUUCUGUGCAAGAGGAAAAUUGUACAUUCUCAAGUAAGAGUUAGGAAAUAUUUUUAAUCUGUAGCUUAA